AUGGCGAACUUAGACUGCGUUCCACUUAGCCAAACAGCAGCGAUGAUUGCCGCAAAAAGUGGCGAUGAAAGCAUUGUGAAAUUUCUUCUAGACCACAAUCGUGCGACCAUCACCGGGGCUUUGUUUCAGCUGGCCGUACACCAUGCCUGGAUGGAUAUCGUAAAGGUUACGAUAUCAGCAGACAAUAGUCUUCUCAACUGGAUAGACCCGAGUUCUGGCGACACUGCGUUGCACAUUGCGAUCGAAAGCGCUCGCGUGGAUGUGAUAAAGACUCUGCUUGAUGCUGGAGCGGAUCCAAAUCUGAAGAAUGGAGAUGGCUUACUUCCCUUUGCGAAAGCGAUGAGAUCAAACAACCUGGAAAUUGUUAGAACGCUGCUGGACUCUAAUGCAGAUAUCAUCGUUGAUGAACCAGACAAAGCAGGCGUCACUCCUUUCUUGCGAGCAUGCCUAGAUGGCGAAAAGGCAGUUCCUGUGAUACGCGAGUUAUUGGAGAAGGCGAAGGAGAAGGUGAAUCUGAAUGCCAGAUUGCCCAUCAAUGACGAAGACAAGGAAUGUGGGAGAACGGGUCUCAUCGUAGAACCCUUUGUUGAUACGGAGAAAGAGUGGAGUGACAGCCUCCUUAACCUAUUACUCGAACAUGGAGCAGACCCCAACGUAACAUGCGCUAAACACGGCAAUACACCCCUCUCAAAGGCUGCCUGGGAGGGAAAUGUUCAGGCUACAGAGAAGCUGCUAGAAUUCAACGCCGACCCCAACAUAGCGUCUGAACGCGGCCAUACACCUCUUUCUAGAGCCGCUGAGAAUGGCCAUGCUCUGGCAGUAAGAAAGCUUCUGGAGUCUAAUGCCGACCCGAACCAUGGGGACUACCAAGGAGCAACUGCGCUGCAUAUCUGUUCAAUCAAAGGCCAUGUGAGUUGCAUUGAGGAGUUGGUAACACGUGGGGCUUCUCUCAACUCCUUAAUGAAUCUCGACUUGGGGGAGCCCUAUGUUGUUGGCAUGACCCCCUUGGUCACAGCGAUUGCCUGCUCCCAGCAAUCCUCGCUCGAGAAGCUAUUGACUUUCGAUCCGGGUCCUGGACAAGCGUUGCAUAUGGCUAUAGGGUCUGAGGAACUUCCAAUCGCCAAGGCAGUCUUUGAACGUUAUCCUCAGCCGAAUCUGUACGACAAAGACCUCGGAACUCCAUUACACCUUGCUGCCAUGUCCAACAGCGAGGAAAUAUUCGACUUUAUUCUUGCCCAAAAGGGAAUCGACGUCAAUAUUCCUGGUCCGUCUGGUCGAACGGCACUGAGCUAUGCAGCGAUGAGAUACAAAGGCUUCGUUAAAAAACUGAUCCAAGCAAAAGCCGAUCCCAACAUCAAAGACUAUGAAGUCAAGACACCAUUAGAUCAUGUAAUCGGUGCAAAAGAUUGGGAAAUGGCACAAAUACUCUGUCCCCACACCAGAUUGGAUCUUGUUCAAGGCAGCGUUCGCGGACAGAGUGCCUUGUAUCGGGCCUGUCAAACUGGCCAGAAGGACAUAUUCAAGGCGAUCAACACUGCAAGUCAGAAUUUGAACCACUUCCAAUACGUUGAGCUUUGUGAACUAGCUCUACAUGCUGCUAUUGCAGCUGGCAAAGAAGAGUUCUUCAAUCAGCUCAUCAGCGUGCCUGGUGUCACUGGAAGCGUGGAGGAUGAUGAUGGCUGGACUCCUUUGAAAUACGCCAAAGUCUACAAUCAGUCUAAACUGAAGGAGAAGAUUCUGGAGAGGCUUCAACAGAACAGAGUGGAUAAGGUAGGCCAAAAAAGAUAA